AACAAUAACAAACAGACUUGUUGACCGCACGCUGGGGGGUCGUGCUCACCUGCUCAAAACACCUUCAUUACUCGCUUCUAGUCGUAUUUAACACUUUCUUCACCUCCUGAGCUUAAAGAAGGAUAAGCUGUGACGCUGUGGAAGGAAGAGCCGAGCGUGGAACUGUGAUAACGAAGGAGGAAGAGAGAGAACCGUUUACCGUUGACGUGUACCUUCGUGCCAUAUGAAAAGAGAAGCCUUGGGAGCCGUGACACCUGCUCAAAAACACUCCUAUAUCUCUCUCCUCCUCAUACCUGGCACAUUAUUGACUACCUGUGCUUAAAGAGGGAUAAAUUUGUGACUACCUAACACUGGAACCGAACGUGAGACAAUGAACACAAAGCAGAGAAGGAGAAAACUAUAAGAAUCACAAAUACCAAAACUAGGUCAAAAUGGGCAGCUAAAAUAUGGACACGCACGCACAUUUCCCCCCAUAUCUCGACACGGACAGAGUUGACAAGGAGCAGGGGCGGGGAAAAGGUACAAGAAGGACUGGCCUACAUAUCACCAGGACACGGAGAUGGACACGUACAAGCUGCUGGACAUAUCGGGCUCAGACUCCGGGGAGAAUAUCCAGAUAACUCCCCUGACACAGAUACAGCAGCCGCCACAGAGGAAGAAAAGGCUCAAGAGGCGUGAGCGUGACCUCCUGCGCAUGUCCCCGAGCCAGUUUGACGAGGAGUCCGGGCGCCUGUGCAGUUGUGUCACCAUUGGGGUCGGCGGCGAGGGGUGCCGGCCUACGCACACCACCACUGGGGAGGCUGUGCGCUCCGCCCUGCUGGUUCUGGCACUGACUGGCCUGACGCUGCUGACCUGGCUGACUCUUCACCUGCAGAGCCGCCUGGACAGCACUCAGCAUAUCAUUAGUUCAUUUGAGGCGAGCAGUUCAGAGCUUCCGGCCAAGUUCCACCAGUCCCAUGUACGCUUGCAGGAGCUUGAGAAGAACCAGAGUGCGCUGUGGGCCGCCGUCAACCAGCUCACCUCCUCCCUGGAUGCUGCGGCUAAGAGGCUGGAGGUGUUGGAGGGUGGCGUGAAGGGCAUCAGGGACUCCCUCAACACGUCGCCCCAGCUCUCCUCGCUGCCCAAGGACGUGGCGGCGCUCCAGGGCUCCGUGGCAACCUUCGGAUCAACCCUGCAGGAUGUCCACUCGUCCCUGGAGAACAUCAAGAAGGACCACGACACUCUAACCUCCAGCGUCAAGUCCUCAGCAUCCUCUAUAGACAGGCUCAAGGAGGACAUUUCCCAGCUACACAACGACACAGCGCUGAGGCGGACCAGCGAUGGGGCAGCGCCAGCCACGGUUGGGGAGGGCGUGGUGGACCUGCAGGAGAAGGUGGAGACGGUCACCACCGCCAUCACCGCCAUCAACACCACCUUCGCCCAGCAGACCUCCCUCGCCACCACCACCACCAGGAAGCUUGAGAGCUUGGAGGAGAGCAGUGCUGUGGUGAGGGCCAACCUGACGCAGCAAGUGUCCUACCUGGAUCGCUGGCGGAACACCGUGUUGCCGGCGCUCACCUCGCAAGUCACAAACCUCACCAGUGCUGUCGCCUCGCUGCAGCAGACCUCAAACAUGCUGGAGGAGAGAGUACUUAACCUAACACAGGUGAUGGAUGUGGUGAAGGGCGUGGAGAAGCGUCUUGAGGGCAGCCAGGUGCAGCUCGCCAGCAGCGUCAGUGAACUAAAACAACAUCUAGAUAAGGUGGAGAAGAAAGUCUCCACAAUAAAGGCUGCCGCAGAAGCUGCCGCUGCCGCCGCUGCAGCCGCCACGCCCCCGAGCAUCGCACCGCCCACCAAACACACCGCCACCACCAGAGACUAACAGGAGGACAAGCGCCGCCUCCGUCUCUCUGGGAGGUAAGGCAGACCAGGCUGUGGACGCCCUUCUUGUGUGCCAACAACACCACCUUCAACACCACCCACCCUGGAGCACCCCAUCACCAUCUCCUCACCCUUGUCAGCUCUGCACUUCUUCAACGCGCACUGCAGCGAGGAUAGCGACAGUCACCCAGUCAGUCAGUCAGUCAGUCAGUCAGUCGGUCGUUAUGUCUGCAGGGAAGCUUGAACACAGGCCGGUCUUGCUCGCUUCCCUUGCACUCUUUACCGAACUGUCUCGAUGUCCACCGGCCGUACCAGUCAGUCGCCCGUAACAUCAGGAUCAAGUCUGCUUGGGAAAAUGAAUGAGAGAAUGCGUCAAAGUGAAUGAAAUCAAGUUUAAUCUUUAUUUUGACUUAUCCCUUAAUAUAUUUCAAUUGGUUUUCCAGAGUAGCCUUUCUCCCUUACGUAAAUCCUAGUAAUUCGAGUGCCAUUUACAAAUUUACUAGCAUCCUCUGCACCUAAAUAGUGUGGACAGACAGACUUACAAACACACUCUAAACAGCUGUCAUAAAUUCUCAUUUGAUAUUCCUUAUGUAAAUAUGUACUAGAAAUCCGAGUGCUGUUUACGAAUUUACGAACAUCCUCUGUACUGGAACGGUGCGGACAGACAGACUUACAUACGAACACUCUAAACAGCUGUCAUAAAUUCUCAUUUGAUAUUCCUUAUGUAAAUACGUACUAGAAAUCCGAGUGCUGUUUACGAAUUUACGAACAUCCUCUGUACCGGAACGGUGCGGACAGACAUGAACUUACUAACGAAUGCACUCUUACAGCUGUCCUGCAAACUCUGAACUGGUUGUCAAGCCUGCUGGCGACACACACGCAAGACUUAUAAGCAUAAUUCUCAGUGGACGGAAGGAAGGUACCAAGAUAUGCACUUGUAGCCAUUCAGUUCUUUCUUUCAGUCUCAUGUUGCCGUUUAUCGAGAGAGAUUUAAAAUGUUUUCGUAAAUUUCAUAAACGUGUGUGUGAGAGAGAGGACGGGAGGUGUGUGCGCAUGUGUGUGUGUGUGUGCGUUUGCUGGCUGGUGUGUGUACAUGGCCAAACAGACAGACAGACAGAACAGGGACCCUUUUUCGUAAUGAGGGAUAGCUGUCUGUCUGUCUGUCUGGAAUAUGCAAUCAAACAGUGUGUCCCGCGAGUCAGUCAGUCAGUCAGAUGAACGAAGGGAGACAUUACUUAUCUCUUAUUCAUUAGCUUAUUCGUGGGUUAAUAUUCACUAGCUGUUAUGCAUUAGGUUAGGCAUUCGUUACGAUCGUUUUGUUUAUUCAAUUUAUUUCUUCGUCUGUAUAUGUGUAAACUUUCAUUUCUCGGUUCGAACGUUGUUGCUUGUCACCUCACUACGAAACAUGCCUUGAUUGUUACAUUUAUUCAAUUUCUUUCUUUGUGUAUAUACGUAUAAACCUUCAUUUCUCGGUUUGAACAAUGAUGCUUGUCACCUCGCUACGACAUGCCUCAAUCAUUAUGUCUAUUCAAUUUCUUCGUCUAUUUACGUAUAAACCUUCAUUUCUCGGUUCGAACAGUGUCGCUUGUGACCUCACUAUGACACGCCCCAAUCAUUACGUCUAUUCAAUUUCUUUCUUCUUGUAUAUACGUAUAAACCUUCAUUUCUCGGUUCGAACAGUGUCGCUUGUGACCUCACCAUGACACGCCUCAGUCAUUACGUUUACUCAAUUUCUUUCUUUGUCUAUUUACGUAUAAACUUUUAUUUCUUGGUUCGAACAGUGUCGCUUGUCACCUCACCAUGACACGCCUCAGUCAUUACGUUUACUCAAUUUCUUUCUUUGUCUAUUUACGUAUAAACUUUUAUUUCUCGGUUCGAACAGUGUCGCUUGUCACCUCACUACGACAUGCUUCAGUCAUUACGUCUAUUCAAUUUCUUUUGUCAUCUAUUUAUUAUCUGUCAUUGCUCAGUUUGGACAGUGCCACUCGAGUACCCUGGCGUCCACAAUUGAUACGUUUAUACAAUUUCUUUCGCCUAUACUUAAUCCACGGCCAUGACAGUCUGCUAAUAUAGUUUUAGGAUGGUUACCAAGCUGGACAAAACUCUUACAGUACUGGAUGAGGUCUCGCCCUUCACUCGACUGUACUCUCCUUGUGUUAAGUUGAUAAGUAAGUCCUUCCUCUUUUCAACCCAAGUGUCACCAACGAGAGUUAACCUUUUCAAGUGUCAGCCAGUAAAAUUUAACCUUUCCCAGCAUCCACCAGUAAGAUUCAGUGCAUCCCAGCAUCCACCAAUAAGAUUUCAACCUUUCCCAGCAUCCAACAUAAGAUUUCAACCUUUCCCAGCAUCCACCAAUGAGAUUUAACCCUUUCUAGCAUCCAUUAGUAAGAUUUAACCUUUGUCAGCAUCCACCAAUAAGCUUUAGCUUUUCCCAGCAUCCACCAGUAAGAUUUAACCUCUCCCAGCCUUCACCAGUCCCUUGCAGAUUGAGAUAGAGGGAGUGUGGGUUACUAAAUGAACGACCAUUGAUAUAUUUUAAUUAGGAAACGGAGAAGGGCUUGUUUUGAAGUUGACAUGAGUUGAGUACACUUCAGUGGAGGACAUUUACUAGUCAAGCGGUCACACGUCCUCUAUCUCGAUCCCCGACACUCCGUAUGGGGCCACCGACGACGCCAACAACGAUUCCUAUAGUUAAAACGUUGCGAUAAUUUCCCCUUUGUGUGGUUACGUCGAGGCUUAGACAUGGCAGAUUCUUAGUAGGAUAAGUUAUAGGUAUUUCAGUGUGGUUACGAUUUUAUUUCGAGCUGCGCUGUACGUAGGGAGUGACAGACGGUGGAACAAGUGAUUGAGAGAGAAAGAGCGAGAGAGAGAGCGAGAGCAGGUUCACCCUUCCUCCUCCAUCCACGUGAGUCGUUACUAUACUUACCUAGCCAUCAUAGUCAUCAUUAGCAGUUUCUCGGGUCCGGGCAGCAUCUUACUACAGGAUGCUCGUAAGGCUCAGAACCAAGGUAGUUUUUAGGUUCUAUUUAGAGACGUUAUAUUUGUCCCUCGUAAUGUUAUGGUAGUGUUAGGUGUUAUGAUGCUUUCUGCUGCCUAAUUAGCGCCUGAAGCUUAGUCAUUAUAUUGUGCGCUGGUCACCCUAACCUGACACAUAAGCCCCGCCCACAACAGCUCUCCACCAAUAGACUCACCUUUCCCAGCAGCUCAUUGGUGUAGUGGAUAGCAUGCCUACCAACAAAGCCACAGGCCUCUCUACCAUGAACCUAAAGAAACUCUCAUUCGACAAGGCUUUCAUGGGAGUUUGGGGCAUUUCCAGGGCUAGUUUAGUGACCCUGGUGGUAGUUUGACCCUUCCUCUGUACGACGAACCUAAAGAAACGCACAUUCGACAAGGCUUUCAUGGGAGUUUGGGGCAUUUCCAGGGCUAGUUUAGUGACCCUGGUGGUAGUUUGACCCUUCCUCUGUACCAUGAACCUGAAAAAACACUCUUGAAGACCUGAUUGACCUCCUCUUAGGCUUUUGGAAAUAGUCAAUGUGAGGCGUGGAAGCUGAAAACACCAACCCGGGGCUCAUGUGUCAAGUUAUCGUGGGCAGCCAGUACAGCAACAGACACACACACAGAAUGUUUUACACUUGUUAACUCAGAGGAAGGAGUAUUUCUAGCACACUUGAGGCACCUCCCUGACCCCUUACUUUACUGCUCACUAGAUUAACAGCUCAUAAGGAUUAGCACAUGACAGUUCUGGCUAUACUGACUUUGCUAUGUGGGAAGUGAAACCCUGUCCUCUGCCUAAGCCAAUCAUCCAAUCAGAAGUGUUUCCUGUAAGCUCCCAGCCAAUCAUAACUCUAGAAAGCUAUGAGAAGGCCUGUCCUCUCCUCUAAGCCAAUCAGAACCAAGCAUUCAGCCAAUCAUAACUAUAAGAAGCUAUGAGAAACACUGUCCCAUUCUCUAAGCCAAUCAGAAGCAUUUCCUCCUAGCAUUCAGCCAAUCAUAACUAUAAGAAGCUAUAGAAAACAAUCAGCCAAUCAGAACCUUUUCCUCCAAGCGUUCAGCCAAUCAGAACUCUUAAGAAUGGUCAUCAUCAAGUAUGUAACCUAGCUCUUGCAGACUACUUACGUCCUAAAAUUCUUAUAAUAAAAGAAAAUUGAUGAAAAAAAUGGAGGAUAAGAGAAGCAAAGGAAAAAAAAAAAGAGAGAGAGAGAGAGAGAGAGAGAGAGAGUGUUUCAUUUCCCACAUAAAGAAGGAAUGGUUUGGCCUCGUAAUUUUUGGUCCAGUCAGUCAGCACAUUCCCUUCAGCCCAGCACAUAGGUUGUUUUUUCCAGUUUUUCCCUUCACUUAACUCAAAAAAGACCCAGAAAUGAUACAAGUAACACACACACACACACACACACACACAUACAUCACAGGCUCUCUGGAAAUCACAAAACGACAAGCGCCAACUCUUUUAAAAACGACAUUAAAAUUCACCUUCAUCAAUAAGAAAACUCAUCUCGUAAAGCAAUUCUGGGCCUUUGUAUAAAUGACCACAAAGUUUAGAGUCGCUUAUUU